ACUUGGCGACUCUUUCUGGAGUGACAGCACAUGUGCACAGAAGUGCACCUGCACCAACCAAGGGCUGCAAUGCUCCAGCAAUCCCUGCUCCUUCUCCCAAAUCUGUCGGCCAGCUGCCUUUCAGUACUCCUGCCAGACAGUGCAAAGACGAACCUGCACCGUCAGUGGAGAUCCACAUUACUACACCUUUGACAACUCAGGGUUUCACUUUCAAGGCACAUGCACUUACAUUCUGUCAGAGCAGUGUCAGAAUGGACUGCCCUAUUACAGAGUGGAGGGGAAGAACGGGCAUCAGGGCAGCAGGCAUGUUUCAUGGACACAACUGGUCAAAGUCUUUGUCCAUGAUGAAACUAUUGAGCUGGUUAAAGGACAUCAGGGUCAGGCCAAGGUCAAUGGAAGCUUUGCAACCGUACCGUUUUCCCUCAGAAACGGCUCUAUCCAGGUUUAUCAGUCAGGUUUCUCUGUGAUCGUCAGCACUGACUUUGGCCUGAUGGUGUCAUAUGACAAAUAUUUAUAUGUCCGGAUCAGUUUGCCGUACACUUACCAAAAUAGCACAUGUGGACUCUGUGGAAACUUCAACAAUCGCCCUGAAGAUGACUUUAGAACCCCUCAAGGUGAAGUGGUGAGCUCUGAUGUGGUUUUUGCCAACAGCUGGAAAGCAUCUGGUGAUGAUGAGCCUGGUUGUGACCCUCAGUGUGAAGGUCUGGCCUGUGCCGGCUGCACAGAAUCUGAGGCAACAUUAUACAGAAACUCUGCCCACUGUGGUAUUCUGGAGAACAGCACAGGACCGUUUGCUGCAUGCCAUCAACAACUCCCUCCAGGAUUUUUUGUAGAUAGCUGUGUGUAUGAUCUCUGUGUCGGCGGAGGGUAUCAACCCAUUCUGUGCCAAGCCCUAAAUGUCUACUCAAGUCAGUGUCAACAAAAUGGGAUCCAGCCACAAAGCUGGAGGCAUCCUGGCUUCUGUGAAAUCCCCUGCCCAGCCAAUAGCCACUAUGAGGCCCAGGGUACAGGAUGUCCAUCUACAUGUGUCAACCCCAAUUCCACCUACAACUGCCCCCUGCCUGAUCAAGAGAGCUGUGUCUGCAAUUCAGGCUACCUCCUGAGUGGAGGGGUCUGUGUCCCUCAUGCUGACUGUGGCUGCAGCUUUGAGGGUCACUACUACCGCUCAGGAGAAACUGUCAUACUGGAUGCAGACUGUGGGAGGCGCUGUACAUGCAGCUAUGGCUCCAUGACUUGCAGCUCUCACAGCUGUGGUCAACAUGAGUCCUGCAGGGUGGAGGAUGGAGUAAGAGGGUGCACACCAAACAGCUUUGCAACAUGUUGGAUCAGAGGCCCAGGAUCAUAUCAUACAUUUGAUGGAGUGAUGUACCAGUACCCAGGAGCAUGUCGCUUGACCCUUGCCAAAGUUAUGGGAUCCUCUGAUCACUCACACUUCAUGAUUACUGUGGAAAAGGUUCCACAGGGGCCACAGGGUUUCUCCAAUGUGUUAAAGUUUGAGGCAGAGGGAAGACAAGUUGCUAUUGAGAUGGCAAGUAGUAGCACUGUUAAGGUGA